AUGCCGCUAGGGUUUAGGCCGACGGAUACAUACUACCUUGAUGCAGCUACAAAAAGGCGUGUCUGGUUUUUGAUGGAGGGGUCUUCACGUGGCGGCAGCAAGAAGCCCUCAUCAGCAGCAGCAGCAGCAGCAGCAGCAGCAGCAGCAGCAGCAAAAGCAGCAGCAAAAGGAUCUCAUGUUUCUCUGUCUCCUUCUUCUCUGUCUCCUUCAUCUUUCUCUCCUUCUCUGUCUCCUCUUUUGUCUCCUUUUUCUGCUGCUGCUCUCAACGCCUCCCCGCUGCAGCCAACGCUCUCUUUCUAUUCUACAUACCAAGUACCCAGGAUACAGCCUGCUGAGCAGCAGCAGCACCAAGAGCAGCAGCACCAACAGCAGCAGCAGCAGCAGCAGCAGCAGCAGCAGCAGCAGCAGCAAACUAUCAACCGACUGCCCCUUCUACAUCUAUUCCUGGCGCUACAAUAUCUCCUUCUGCUGCUGCACCCUCCUCAUCCCCCUCCGCAGCAGCAGCAGCAGCAGCAGCAGGAGCAGCAGCAGCAGCAGGAGGGGGGUCCCCCCUACCAACGAAGAGAACAGCAGCAGCAGCAGCAGCAGCAGCAACAGCACCAACAGCAGCAGCAGCAGCAGCAACACCAAGAACACCAGCAGCAGCAGCAACACCACGAACAGCAGCAGCAGCAACACCAACGACACCAAAAGCCGCAGCAACACCAAGAACACCGACAGCAGCAACAGCAGCAACAGCAGCAGCAACACCAAGAACACCAACAGCAGCAACAGCAGCAACAGCAGCAGCAACACCACGAACACCAACAGCAGCAGCAACAGCAGCAGCAACACCACGAACACCAACAGCAGCAACAGCAGCAACACCACGAACACCAACAGCACCAGCAGGAGCAGCAGCAGCAACACCAAGAACACCAACAGCAGCAGCAGCAGCAGCAGCAGCAGCAGCAGCAGCAGCAGCAGCAGGAGUGA